AUGGGACUUGCAGGUGCUAAAACUAUCAAUACUCCUAUGGAUCAGAAUCACAAACUCACUACUGUUGAGUUUGAUCAACAUAUGUCAUCAAAUUCUGAGGACUUGGUGUUAGAAGAUCCUACUGGAUAUCAAAAACUUAUUGGGAGGCUUCUAUAUCUCACAACUACCAGACAAGACAUUGCUUUUGCUGUGCAGAGUUUGAGUCAAUUUAUGCAUUCCCCCAAAAGGUCUCAUUUGGAAGCAGCCAUGAGACUAGUUAGAUAUGUGAAGCAUGCACCAGGGAUGGGAAUAAUGAUGUCUGCCACUGGUGAUGAUCUUCUUAAGUCUAAGAAGCAGGCCACAGUCUCUAGGAGUUUAGCAGAGGCAGAAUACAGAGCUAUGGCAUCUUCAGUUGCAGAAGUAAUUUGGAUGACAGGAUUGUUCAAGGAGCUUGGAGUAAAUAUCAAAGUUCCUGUCACUUUGUUUUUCUGA